AUGAUAAAACGUGCCGAGGCCGUAUCUGACUGGGUCUCGACGCAGAUCGCGGGACUCACCUAUUCUAAAAGCACUGAAAUGUAUCGUAUCCAGGCCCAAACAAACAAUCAGUCAGAGUUGGAACACGUUACUCUGGACCGAGAACACAGCCGAGAACAUUCCGACCACGAGCAGGCUGAAGUUAUGGUGGCUAGGCUACCUUGGACGUUGUGGUCUACAGGACCAGCCGACGCUGGCCAUUGCCAAUGGUUACCGCCUAUUACCUUCCAAAUUCAAACCGUACAACCCAUUUGGCUUCCUCAGUACACACAGGUCCCGCAGGGAUUUAUUUUGUCACCAGGACUCUUCAAUCAGGCCUUAAAAGAAGCCUUAUCGGGCUGUGAACUCCCACCCGACUGUACACUAAUUCAGUAUGUGGAUGAUAUUCUCAUCGCAGCCACAACAGUGGCAGACUGCCUCCAGGCCACACACGAUGUGCUCUGGCGGCUACAUGCCCGUGGCUUCAAGGCCAGCAAGGACAAAUUACAGAUAGCACGGCCCACAGUAAAGUUUUUGGGCCGCCUGAUCAACAGACAGGGCGCUGGCAUGUCCCCGAACCAUAGACAAAUCAUUUUGCAACACCCACAACCGGUCACAGUAAAGCAAAUGUUAUCGUUUUUGGGUCUUGCAGGGUUCAGCAGAAGUUAUGUACCAGACUUUGGGAAUCUGACCAAUCACCUCCGAGAAAUGGUGAGAGAAAAGGGCAUGAGAAACCUUACAGCCCCACUCCAGUGGACAGUUUCUGCAGAAGAGGCAUUCACAAAAUUGAAACAAUCCUUAACAGGAGCAGCGGACCUGGCUAGUCCAGAUUACGCACUCCCUUUUUUCUUGGAUGUUUCUGUACAGGACAACGUGGUUAAUGGUGUCCUGUAUCAGAAACAAAGGGGGAGAAGGUGUAUCUUGAUGUAUCUCAGCGUAAUGCUGGACCCACUAGAAAGGAGACAUCCAGUGUGCACACAGCAUGCAGCAGGGAUAGCAAAACUCAUUCAAAAGACAACACACAUAGUGAUGGGACACCAGUUGGUGAUCCUGACAACACACAGCGUAGUAGCAUUUGUGAACUCACAGAUUUUCACACUAGUUCUGCUGAGACAGGGAAGACUGAGCAAGAUUUUGGAAGCCCCAAACCUGGUGUUUACACACCAAGGGAUCAACGUGGCUGACCAGAUCUCAGGGGGAGAACCACAUGACUGCCAAGAGAAGGUCUUGGAAGACCUAAAAAUCAGACCAGACCUAGUCAGCGAACCGAUAGAGGGCGCUGAAAACUGGUACACAGAUGGAGGCUGUUACAAAGACAAACAGGGAGACCUUCAAGCAGGGUAUGCGGUAGUUAGGGAGACAGAGACAGGUUACCAGAUCGUGAGAGCAAAGAAGCUAACAGAAAGACCAUCAGCUCAGAGAGCAGAGCUCCUAGCGAUGAUUACAGCACUGCAACAUGAAAAGGACAGAGAAGUGAACAUCUACACCGACUCGGCCUAUGUGACAGGGGCAGUGCAUGUGGAGCUUAGACAAUGGGAAAGAGCCGGGUAUCGAACAGCUACCAUGACCCCUGUAAAGCAUGCAGAAGAAAUGGCAAUCCUGGCCCAGGCCAUUCCGGGACCAACUAGGGUGGCAGUGAUAAAAUGCAAAAGACAUGACAAAGAGGGAAGCAGAGUGGCAAAAGGAAAUGAGGAGGCUGAUCAGCGAGCUAAAGAAGCAGCAGGAUACACCCCUAGACAUCAAAUGAUGAUGAGCCACCCACAGGUAAGGCCCAGAGAAGAGAUCGUGAUUGAUUACACUGACAUGAUUGACAGAGUUCGAGGGUAUCGCUACCUCCUGGUGAUGGUCGACUCAAUCACAGGAUGGCCCGAAGCGUACCCCGCUAAAAAUGAAGAUAGUAAAAUAGUGAUCAAAUGCCUAAUAAACCAUUACAUACCACAACACGGGUUUCCCAGAAGAGUAAGGUCCGACAAUGGAACAUAUUUUAAAAAUCAAGACCUACAGGCUGUGAAAGCAGCUUUAGGCCUGAAACACAAAUUUGGAGCAGUGUAUCACCCAGAAUCUCAGGGUAAAGUUGAGCGCAUGAACCAAAAUCUAAAAACCAAAUUGGCUAAAAUCUGUGUACAGAGCAAAAUUGAAUGGGUUGGCGCUCUUCCAAUAGCAUUGUUACAAAUAAGGAGCUCACUUAACAAAGUAACAGGGUUCACACCAUUUGAGCUGCUCACAGGUAGACAAUUUCCAGGACCCACAGCAGCCCUUCCUGGGGAAGGUCAAAAUAUAACCAACUUUCAGUAUAAAGCGUAUUUUGAUGAACUCAAAGCUUUGGUGUCAGGUUUUGUCUCACAGGUGCAUGACAGAGUGACGGGAGGCCAAAAGGGGGAACCGCACACUGCAGAGUGGGUCCGUCUAAAGGUCAUCAAGAGGAAGUGGUCAGAGCCCAGGUGGACAGGACCCCACCAGGUUGUCGAGAGAACAUCGCAUGCUGUGCGCCUAAAAAGAAAGGGAGACACCUGGUACCACUGGAGUCAGUGCAUACCUGCAGAGAAACCAGGAAGGACACUUCAGGAGAUUCAAACAGUGCUCAGGGGGUCAUCUGCUGGCGACCCCAACAAGGCUCUUCCACAAACGGGGCAGAGUAAUCCCCAGGUAGAGUCUCUGGCUGAGGUAGUCCACCCUCAGUCAGCAACGUGA